ACGUCUUCGGUCCAUAACUCUUUCCAGUGGUUGCUUUACUUCACAUCACCGACUAGUUCGUGUAUAUUCAUCGUAGUCGAGCAUGGAGUCCCUACGAACCCGGAAAGCCUCCGUCAACCGCUCCAAAUCCAAACUCUCGAAACAAUCCUCCCGAACCCCAACAGGCGCUCCAAACGGCAGACCCCCCACCUCCAAACCCAAAGAUGCGCGCAAAUCGAGAGUGGACGACAAGAUCAAGAAACGCAUGUCGAUGCGAUAUGCGGACAUCUCUGGUCCGACGAACGUAGCCGCCGUACCGAGCGUCCCGUCCAUACCUAUCGGGCUGCGGCCAUCGGGCGGGCAGGCCCCUGCGAGGAGGGAUAGGGGGAGAGAUACGAUUGAUGAGGAAGAGGAGGAGGAGGAGGUCGUUAAGGAUAGAGGGCCGAGUUUGGAGGAGAUUAGGGCGGCGGAGAAUAAGUUGUUAGAUGUGGAGGAGUUUGACCCGGAUGCUUUUCUGAAAGUGAAGAUGUCCAACGCGACUGAAGCGGAGUUGAAGUCCAUGCAGUCUUCAUUACAAGCUUCGAAAGACGGUGUGGCCCAAGAUCUGCAGAGGAACGUAUUCAAGAAUUACGCCGAAUUCGUACUCAUCUCGAAAGAGAUCUCAAACCUGGAGAACGAAAUGCUCGAACUGAAAGAGUCCCUCGCCGAAUGGAAAAGCAUGCCCUCCCUCCUCCACAUCGACGAAUCCAACUCCGUCGCAGACCGCCGGCGCAACGUCCGCUCCUCCGUCGCCGACCUCCGCGUCCUCUACGCCUCCCAAAUGCAAUCCCUCCACACCCAAAUCGAAGGAUCCACAAAAUUCGUACCCACCACCCCCGGCCGACACGUCAUCUGCGAAAUGGACGCCCAAGCACUCAAUGCCGCGACAUAUAAAGCCGUAGGAGGCGUGCGGUUCGUGGUGUUGGAUGACGCGGUGUUGGUGGCGAGGAGAAGGAAGAGGAGGGAUGCGGGUGGGGGAGGUGGGGGUGGGGGAGGGGGACAGGAUGGAGGGGAGAGGUUGGUGGCGGAAAGGUGUUGGGCGUUGAAUGAGAUGUUGGUGUUGGAUACGAAGGAUACGGCUACUAUGACGAACGUAUUCAAGAUCAAACAUGUCAAGGAGGUCAGUGUGUACCGGACAGAGUCAUCCGCGGAUAAGAAGAGUCUAUUGUCACAACUACGACACGUCGCGGAAGAACUGGCAGCCAAGAGGCGGAAAGAGCGAGAGGGCGAGCAUGAGCAGCGCAAGACCCUCUUCGCAGGCGACCGCAGCUCCCUCGCUUUCGCCGCCGACGGUCCAGACUGGAUGGCAGACCUCGCCCGUCGCGCCGGCAUGGGCGAAGGCGCCAAAGAAAAACACGACCGCGACAUGCGCUGGGUCUCCGAUUUCUGUGAUGACCUCACCGUCUCCAUCGCUCUCCGCUCUUACGACUCCGCCGUCUCCCUCGUCGAACAAGGCCAAGCCAAACUCUCCAUCACUCCCUCCCUCUCCACCAAGCUCCCCGCCUUAACCUCCUCGCUCACCACCGCCUUGCUCGAAGCGCUGUCGGACCCGGGCAACGGCAAGACGAAGGUCGUGCAUCUGAUUGGGCUGUUGGUGAGGUUGGGGAAGGGCGCGGAGGCGAGGGUGGCGUUUUUGAGGGCGAGGAGGGAGGUCGUUAGGAGGUUGGUGAGGAUGUUGAGGUUUGAGGGACAUGUGGGGAUGUAUGUGCAUGAUUUGGCGACGGUGGUGUUUACGGCGGUGAAACAUACGGCGGAUUGGUUCUUGGCGAGUUAUAAGGAGAAUGAGGUCGCGAGCUGCUUCAUUGAGUGGGCGAAGGGCGAGAUGGAGACGUAUGCGGAGAUGUUUAGGAAACAGGUCUAUAGUUCUGACGUGGAUCAGAAGACGAUCGACGAAGCGCUCAAGAUCACGUAUGCGCAGAGCCGCAAGCUCCUACAAGAAUACGGUCUCGACUUCCGAUUCCUGCUCAACGAGCUCCUCGUCCGUGACCCCAAAGCCAAACCCGACUCCAAAGCCCAACUCGCAAACUCUUCCAACACCACCACCUCCUCCUCCGCGAAGAAGUCAUCCACGGCCCCAACCAUCACAGCACCUAUACCCCCAUCCACCCCAACCCCACCCGUCCGCUCUCCCACACCCUCAUCCGCAUCCGCAUCUCAAGCCCAACAAUCCCUCUUCGCCCAACCACCCCUCCCGACAUCCUCCUCCUCAUCUACCCCACGCUCCCCAACCCCACGCAGUCCCCGCCCCACACACGCCCUCGCCUCCAUGGCCUCCUUCACCUCCGCCUCCAACAGCAGUAGCACCUCAUCUUCCACAUCCACACGUACACCCCCCUCACCCAGCACAACACCUACACCCACGCCCCACUCGCGCUCCAACUCCCCCGCCGCGUCCUCCUCUUCUCACAGGAGACGCGAAAGAGAACGCGAGAGGGAAGGACUCGGAUCCCCGAAGAUUCCUCCACCUGUACCGCCGAUUCCGUUAUCUCCUACGCCGGUACGUGCGACUUCACAAGAUACCAAUGCGAACGGGAACGGGAACGGGAAUGGGAGGCCGUCGAGGAGUCCGGCGCCGAGUAUGGCUGGUUCUGUGGCGACGAUGGGAGCUGGUGCGGGGCCGGUGCCUGUUCCGCCGAGGAGUAGGGAUCGGCCUGGGAGUGCGUCUGGGAGGGAUAGGGACAGAGAGAGGGAGAGGGAGAGGGAGGGUGCGAGGACGCCUGGUGGGGGGAGGGAGAGGGAUAGAGAGGGUGCGAGGACACCGGGGAGUGCGGUUCCGAGGCGGAUGAAUAAGUUUUGAGGCGGUGGAGUUCUCGUUGCUUCAGUUUUGCAGGUUUUAUGGAGUGGAAUCAUUGACGGACUUGGGUGGUGAAAUUUUCUUUGUAUUGAUGUGCUGGACGUUAUACCAG